AAAUACUAACGCUCAUCUCUAAUAAGCACUGAUUUGUUAUUAAAUUAAGGCAAAUGUUUUGUGCAAGUGCUAAUUAGUAAUUAGAUAUGUAAAAUUUGACGUGUAACCUAUAAUAAACAAUAGUCGAUUUCCUCAGCCGCAGAGAACGAUAGAGAGGCAGAGACACCUCAUCAUGUACUUUCCAGUGGGCUGGCCAAAACGCGUCAGUCUGGCGCUGCCAGGUGAAACUGCACAUAUACGUCACAUUUGCUGCGAUGCAGUCAAAAUACUCGUAGCUGCCGUGGGAGCGGAUUUUCUGGGAAUUUGGUAUGCCAAUCCACUGCUGCCCAUUGCCUACUACAGACGCACUGCGGAGUCGCUGCAGCAGCAUGGCGGCAAUCUGCUAAUCAUAUGGAAGCCAGACUCUAGACAGCUGGCGGUGUUAACAGACGCGGGCGCUUUGCUGCUUUAUCAACUGGACUUUGAUGCCAAUGGCAGUGGAAUAUUAAUGCAAGUGGAUCCGCCCGCGGCAAGCCUGAAACGGGAUUCAGCAGAGCUUUUCAUAAAGGAGAACAUUCCACGUUUAAGUCUACGCGAGCUGCACUGCGUUGCCCUGGAUGCAGUAAUCUCUACAGUGUGCUGCAUAAGCUUAAGCGAGUUGCUAUUGGCAACGGAAUCAUGUGAGCUGCUGCGUCUGCAGUGGUCACAGCUGGAGCUGGCAGACGAGCAACUCCAACCGCUGGCGGUUAUAAAGCUACGCGACAUACCCUUCUAUGUGCCGCAGCAGCAGCAGCAGUGCGCCAAACAGUUACCUUCCAUUGGCAGUGGCGCCUUUGUGUCUGCGUUGGAGUACUCUCCAUUCAUAGGUGGAUGUGCGGCUGUGUUUAGUGACCAGCGUGCUGCCUUUUUAGUGGCGGAUCAUUUGCGCUUCGAAACAGCGCACAUGCAUGGGUGCUGGGUGCCGGAUGUGGCGGAUGCAAGCGUCUGCAGCGUUAAUCACAAGUUUAGACUCUUGGCCUAUGGACAACAAAGCUCUGCUGUAGCUAUCUAUGCUAUAGAUGAUGCCACUGCGAGCUUGGAAUACUCGCACAGACUUCUGCUGACGGAGAAUGUCCUACCAGGCAGUUUGGGCGCUGUUAACGAACUCAAGUGGAGUCCGGAUGGCUGUGUGUUGGCUGUAAGCUGGCGCAAUGGCGGCCUUUCGCUUUGGAGCACCUUUGGUGCGCUGCUUAUGUCGACACUUAGCUGGGACUUUGGCGUACAUGUGGAUCUACACAAGCAGAAUCCAUUGAAGCUUAGUCGCCUGGAGUGGUCUACUGAGGGCUAUCAGCUAUUCAUGACCUGCCAAGCGGGAGUCAACAAUGUGCUUCAAUUGCAGUUUGUCAAGAGCGCGCUAAGCAUGAAUCCAUGCCAGACCGCACAUGCGCAUAUCUUGCUGCAAGGCGAUGAUUGCUUGUAUAUUAAUCAAGGCGAUAAUCUGGAGCAGACCUAUGGCAAUGCCAAGUGCACCUUUCCGAGCAGCAGCAGCGCGGCGACAACAGCAGCGAACGAGGAUUGCCUAGAGCUGCCGCAACGGCCGCACAUAGGCAGCAUUUUAACAGAGUCCAAGUACUGGACGCUGCUGCAGCUGCCACUCAAUUAUGCCGCCACCAAUUGGCCCAUACGUUAUGCGGCCAUAGAUGCUGUUGGACUGCAAGUCGCUGUAGCUGGACGCACGGGACUGGCUCAUUAUUCUAUGCUCACCAAAAAGUGGAAACUCUUUGGGAACGAGUCGCAGGAGAAGGACUUUGUCGUGUCCGGCGGACUACUCUGGUGGCAGGGCUUUAUAGUCAUGGGCUGUUACUCGCUGCUGGAUCGCACGGACGAGCUGCGCUGCUAUCCGGCUGAAUGUAAGCUGGAUAAUCAAUAUGGACACAAGCUGCAGUUACGUGCGCCUGUCAUCAGUCUCAAUAUAUUCAAGGAUCAGUUGAUAGUGCUCACAGCCGACGGCAUUGUUAGCUUGUUCCACAUGCAAAGACAGUCGGCCUACAAACUAAGCAUCGACUGCGCCUAUGAAUUGGAUGUCAAGAGCAUUUGCAUACAUCCCGCCUGCAUUGUCAGCCUGACUGUCACCAAUCUCCGAAACGAACUUAAGUCGCUGCCAGCAGAGGCGGAAACCAUUAUUGUCAAUGUUUGCGGACGCAUAUUGAUGAUACAACGCCAGGAUGCCACCCAGCAGUUGCCGAACACGCUGCUUGCCAGUUGCCUGGCCAGUUGCGUGGAGUGCUUCUGGCUCUCGCAGCAGCUCGAGCACUGCGCCAUGCAGGACUGCCUCUGGCUCUACUCUGGUGCACAUGGCAUGCGUGUCUGGUUGCCCAUAGUGCAGCAGCACGGCGAGCGUCCCGGCGCACAGCGUCUGCAUAGCUUCAUGUCCAAGCGCAUCAUGCUGAGCUUCCCACUUAAGCUCUAUCCCCUGGUCAUACUCUUUGACAACGUCAUAGUGCUGGGCGUGGAGAACGAGAGCACCCUGUAUGUGAAUGAAGCGCAGACGCAUUUCUCGCUGCCCUUUGCCUUGCUGGAGCGCAAGAGUCAAGUUUACUUGCACAAGGUGCUGCGUCAGUUGAUCAAACGCAAUCUGGGCUACUCGGCCUGGGAAAUAGCUCAGUCCUGUCGAGCGCUGCCCUACUUUCCACACGCUCUAGAGCUGCUGCUGCAUGAGGUGCUGGAGGAGGAGGCCAGCAGCAAGCAGCCCAUUCCGGAUGCCCAACUACCCAGCAUUUUGGAUUUCAUACGCGAGUUUCCUGUCUACCUGCAGACCAUUGUGCAAUGUGCGCGUAAGACGGAAAUUGCGCUCUGGCCGUAUCUGUUUAGUAUGGCGGGCAAGCCUAAGGAGCUGUUCCAGCUCUGCCUGCAGUCGGAGCAGCUGGAUACUGCGGCAAGUUAUUUGAUUAUCAUACAGAAUCUGGAGCCCUCAGCCGUGAGCAAGCAGCAUGCUAAUCUCCUGCUGGACAUUGCAUUGAAUCAACGCAAAUGGGAGUUGGCCAAGGAUCUUAUACGGUUUCUCAAGGCCAUUGAUCCCAAUGAGAUUGAUUCGCCGCGUUGUUCCAUGCUGUUGAAUGUGAAGAUAGCACCACCGCAGGCGCAGCCACAAACGCAGGUGAAUCAACACUCGGAUGUGUUUAACCUGGUGCUUGGACCCAUUGCUACGCGUGAGCGCAGCUACUCCACCACCGUGACCAGCAAUCUGCCCAAGGAUAACAAGCAGCCACCCACGCCCAGUUCGGAGACUGUGCCCGCCAACAGCAGCAGCAGCAGCACCACACCCGCCAGCCUGUUGCGUCGUAAAUCUACCAAGGAGCGCCAACAGCGUGAGAUAUUCUGCAUAGACCUAAUACUGCAGCGCCAUGCGCGUCAGCUUCUGCAGCAGCACAAGUUACUCGACUUGGGCUACAUGUGCGCCUAUCUGGACUUCCAUUUGGUCAACUGGCUAACGCAGGAGGCUUCGGGCGCUGGACGCGUGGAUAACUUUACUGCUGCCCUGCAGUCUUUGCAUGAGCAACUGCAGCUGCCCUGCGCCUUUCCAGCGCCAGCAACGGACGAGUACGCACAGCUGCGUCUGGCGCCUGUGGCGGCGGCAGCGCGCUCCUCACAAACAUCCGAGUCGGGUUACUUUAGUCUGGCUGCGCAGAUGGAGUCGCCGCAGUUGCCGCACACAGCCGGAGUCAAGCAGUUGCAACGCUCACAUUCGCAGCUGUCGUUUGACAACUUUCGCUAUAGACGCCUCUACUCGCUGCCCGCCUCCGAGGAUGACGCUCCGGAUGCACCGGCCAGCUAUCUGAACGAUAAACUGGCCAUUAAGCUGCGCUAUCUGCUGCAGCUCUUCAUCGAAGCCAACUGCACAGACUAUGCGUUGAUGCUCUCCAUGCUGCUGCAGGAUGCCGCCUCCAUUUCACGCAUUGUCAACGUGGUCAUACGCAGUGAAUCCGUCGGCGCCUGUCGUCGCAUUGAGGCCGCACUCAAGCAGCUCAGCCAAAGCACCUUCGAUAAUGCGAGCUCACUCUAUCGCAGCUUUGUGAUGACACUGCAGCCACACAUCUAUCUGCUGGAGCAGUAUAUACAGUCCCUGGGCGUAGACACUGCGUUAGACACCAGCGAGCUCAGCCAGGACUUGAGCGCUGCGGCGGAUACGUCCUCAACACAUGAGACCGAUGUGCUCGAUAGCUCCAAUAAUAAUUUUGUGCCAAAAUGUCAGACGCUGCCCAACGGCAGUCAAUGGACUGCGGAGCAGCGCCUUGAAGCCAAUGGUAAUCAGACGCUCGCUGCCGCUGCGCAGUCGACGCCCACACAGCAGCAGCUGCAGCGGCGUCGCAGUCGUGAGGCCAACAAGGAAAGCUGUAAGAUUAUGUAAAGCAUUCAUACAAACACACACAUACAUACUCGUUGCAUGUACGUAACAUACAUACAUUCUAAAAGGUUUAUUUUGUAAAAAGUGUAUUUUUUUACCCGUGUCAGCCCGUGUGUUUUUUAAAAAAUUAUGUUAAUUUAAGGACGUUGCAGCAGUUGCGUUUAAUAUAAUUGCGCUGCUUUGAAGGACAGCGAAGCGUAAAAAUACUUACACAUAUAUUAAUCAAAAUACGUAUACAAUUGUAAUUUAUAAUUUAUUAGCU